AUGGACGGCUCGACACUCAGUUCAGACCCCGCCUUCGUGGUCGGUCACCCUCCUGCCCUCUUCACAGUAGGUCCCACUACGCCCCGAGCUGACCCCCUCUCCCCCCUCUCCCCCCUCUCCCCCCUCCCCCCCCCCCCCACACCCACACCCUCACCCUCUCCACAGCAAGGCCUCGAGUCCAUCUUGGCACCUUACAGAGCCAACGGCGCAUCAGAGCACGAGAUUCAGCAACUCUCGCAGCGGGCAUUCGAAUUUUACCAACGGCAACAACAACAGUCAUCCUCCGCAGCCGAGUGCGCUCAGCGCGGGGCCCAGCAGGAGCGCAGUGCAGCAGGGUCAGUGGGAUGCAUGCCAUACGGUGUGUGCGUGCGACUGACCGUUUCCUCGACUUUGCAGCUCCUCGGAUCAAGUCACCGCUGCAGAUGUGUCUUGCCCGUCCAACAACGACCCCACCUCCCCCUCCGCCGCACCCGUACCCGCACCCGCACCCGCACCCGCAUCCACAUCUACACCUUCUACACAGUCGAAUGAAUCGACACUGCCUACCUCCAGCACUUCCUCUCGCACGCCCGACAACCCCCCUUACCCCAUCUCAUUCACCCAACUCGCGUCACUGAUCGCGUCCGGCGCUCCGAUCCCGGGCAUCAAGGACAUUCCCGAUCGCUUGAACGAAGGGGAACCCACUCCGAGUCAGGUCGACCUCAGUGCGGUCAAGAAACCUUGGGAGAAGUGA